UCUCGCCCUCACUCCACGAUCGAAAAAUGGCGAUCAUCUCCGCCUCUCGCCGCCGCCACCACUCGCUGCUUCACCACCUCCGCCGCCUCUCCACUAUCACCUCUUCCGGCGGAGCCCAGUCUUCAGAUGCUCAAUCUCCACCCACCGUCUCCAUCAUCUCCGUCUCUGCUGCCAAAUCCCGCCUCCGCCGUGAGUUCGAUCCAGACAAGGCCCUCGCCAUCCUCUCUUCUCUCCCUUCCAAUCCAUCCCCCUCCUCCCGCUUUGCAUUCGACCUCGCCGUCCGCCGCCUCGUCCGCUCCGGCCGCCUCUCAGACAUCCAGUCCCUCCUCCGCUCCCGUUUGCUCAACUCCUCCUCCUCCUCCCAUGAGCCUUUCCUCGCAUCCCUCAUCCUUUCCUACGGCACCGGCCGCAUGCUUGACGACGCCCUUUCCCUCUUCGAGGACCUCCCUUCUCUCGGCUCUCCUCGCACCGUGAUCUCCUUCAACGCCCUCCUCUCCGCCUGCAUCAAAGCCAAGCUCCCCGCUCGUGCCCCCACGUUAUUCUUCGAUCUCUCUGAGAAGCACUCCAUAGUCCCGGACAACAUCUCCUAUUCCAUCCUAAUCAAAUCCCUCUUCCUCUCGGGCAACUCUGACAAAGCUUUGGAAACCCUCAAGGUAAUGGAGGACAAAGGCAUGGAGAUCACUGCAAUCACUUACACUACUGUUCUUGAUUCACUCUACAAAGAAGGGUUUUUUGAAGAGGCUGAGAAGCUCUGGACAACAAUGUUGGAGAAGGGAUGUGUGCCUGACUUGCCUGCAUACAAUGUGAAGGUUUCAUACCGUGCACUUCAUGGGAAGCCAGAGGAAGUUCUUAAGUUGAUAGAAGAGAUGGAGACUGCCGGGUUGAAGCCGGACACCAUUACCUUAAACUAUCUUAUGACAAGCUAUUGCAAUGCCAAGCAGUAUGAGGAUGCCAAGAAGGUCUAUAAGAGCAUGAAAGGGAAGAAUCGGAGGCCAAAUGCGGCGACCUAUAAGAAGUUGUUGCCUUGUUUGUAUGAGAAUGGGGAUUUGGAUUGGGGUUUGGAGGUGUUCAAGGAUAGUGUGAGAUGUCAUAAGAUUCCAGAUUUCCAGACAAUGAAGGGCUUUGUGGAGAGAUUGGUGAAGGCUUCAAGGGUUGAAGAUGCAAAGAGUGUGAUUACUAAGGUGAGGAAGAGCUUUCCAGAGAAUUUGUUGGGUGGUUGGAAGGCAUUGGAGAAGGAGCUUGGCUUGGAUGUUGAAGGAGGUUUAUCUGAUAAACUAGAGACUGCAUGAUGUAGUAAAAAAGCUAUUCCUUUUUAGAGAAAUUGUGGUUUUUAGGAAUGUUGAUGAGCUCUCUAAAGAGAUGGGACUGUGUGUCAUGUUACAAAGGUAUGAAUUAUUUAAACUUUAUCAUGACUCAUGACUAUUAUUUUAGUUUUCAGAGCUCAAAAAGUAGAUAGCUUUUUCUUAUGCUUUGAUGUAGCAAUCUUGUUUCUUCAUAGACUUCUUGUUCCUUGAUAUUCAAUUGAUUAAUAAU